CUUGACUGCGGCGGGGGCCUGGCAGCUGGGGCAUCUAGGGCGAGCAGACAGACAGACAGUCGUUCCGUCUCGCGGCCCGUCCCUCUCUCUCUAGAAUCUUUUUUUUUUUUUAACUCUCGCUCGCUCUCCUUUUCUCCCCUUCCCCCUCGCUUGCUCCGUUGCGCGCGGCCCGCGCUAAUUACACCCAACCACACACCAGUGUCCGUGUCCCCCGGGUCUCUCGCUCCCGGGCGGGUGUGUGUGUGUGGAGGGUAGGUUCUCGCCCCGAUGAGGGUCCUGCGCCCGUGAGCGAGUGACCGCAGGGGCAGGCUACGGAGAAAGCAGGCGGCGAGCAGGCCGCCGAGGCCUAGGCCGCGCGGCCUACACGGAGGUCGGAACAGAGGAACUAUGGAGGCUGCUCCCGGGACCCCCCCGCCGCCGCCAUCAGAGUCGCCGCCACCGCCAUCACCGCCGCCGCCAUCAACGCCUUCGCCUCCUCCGUGUUCCCCCGAAGCCCGCCCGGCCACCCCGCACCUCCUCCACCACCGCCUCCCGCUCCCUGACGACAGGGAAGAUGGUGAGUUGGAAGAAGGGGAACUGGAAGAUGACGGGGCUGAGGAGACCCAGGAUACCUCUGGAGGGCCCGAGAGAAACCGCAGAGAAAAGGGGGAGAAGCACCAUAGCGAUUCGGAUGAGGAGAAGUCCCACAGGAGAUUGAAGCGGAAACGGAAGAAAGAGCGGGAGAAGGAGAAGAGGCGGUCGAAGAAGAGGAGGAAAUCCAAGCACAAACGCCAUGCUUCCUCCAGUGAUGACUUCUCUGACUUCUCUGAUGACUCAGAUUUCAGCCCCAGCGAGAAGGGGCACCGCAAGUACAGAGAGUACAGCCCCCCGUAUGCACCGUCCCACCAGCAGUACCCCCCAUCCCACACCACGCCCCUGCCUAAGAAGGUGUACUCCAAGAUGGACAGCAAGGGCUACGGCAUGUAUGAAGACUACGAGAACGAGCAGUACGGGGAAUAUGAGGGGGAUGAGGAGGAGGACAUGGGCAAAGAGGACUACGACGACUUCACCAAAGAGUUGAACCAGUACCGGCGUGCCAAGGAGGGCAGCAGUCGGGGCCGAGGUAGCCGAGGCCGGGGCCGUGGCUACAGGGGUCGAGGAAGCCGCGGAGGAUCGCGAGGCCGGGGCAUGGGCAGGGGAAGCCGAGGCAGGGGCAGAGGCUCUGUGGGAGGAGACCACCCAGAGGACGACGAGGACUUCUAUGAAGAGGAGAUGGAAUAUGGAGAGAAUGAAGAGCCCAUGGGAGAUGACGAUUAUGAUGAAUACUCCAAGGAGCUGAACCAAUACCGCCGGUCCAAGGACAGCCGAGGUCGAGGGUUAAGUCGAGGCCGUGGCCGGGGUUCCCGAGGUCGAGGGAAAGGGAUGGGUCGGGGCCGUGGUCGAGGUGGCAGCCGAGGAGGGAUGAACAAGGGUGGAAUGAACGACGAUGAAGACUUCUAUGAUGAGGACAUGGGCGAUGGUGGUGGUAGCAGCUACCGGAGGAGUGACCCCCACCAGCAGUCUGACAAGAAAGGAAAAGUCAUCUGCAAAUACUUCGUGGAAGGCCGGUGCACGUGGGGAGACCACUGUAAUUUUAGCCACGACAUUGAACUACCAAAGAAGCGUGAACUGUGCAAGUUUUAUAUCACUGGAUUUUGCGCCAGAGCUGAGAACUGCCCCUAUAUGCAUGGUGAUUUUCCCUGUAAAUUGUACCACACGACUGGGAACUGCAUCAAUGGCGAUGACUGUAUGUUCUCCCAUGACCCCCUGACUGAAGAGACCAGAGAGCUCUUGGAUAAGAUGUUGGCUGAUGAUGCAGAAGCAGGCGCUGAAGACGAGAAGGAAGUUGAAGAACUGAAAAAGCAGGGCAUCAACCCCCUGCCCAAACCACCUCCUGGAGUGGGCCUUCUGCCCACCCCGCCUCGUCCUCCUGGUCCCCCUGCCCCCACCUCUCCGAACGGCAGGCCCAUGCAGGGUGGUCCCCCACCGCCACCCCCUCCUCCACCUCCUCCUCCAGGGCCCCCUCAGAUGCCCAUGCCAGUUCACGAGCCGCUGUCCCCACAGCAGCUACAGCAGCAGCAGGACAUGUACAACAAGAAGAUCCCUUCCUUGUUUGAGAUUGUGGUGCGGCCCACAGGACAGCUGGCUGAGAAGCUGGGUGUGAGGUUUCCUGGACCCGGUGGGCCUCCAGGGCCAAUGGGCCCUGGGCCCAACAUGGGACCUCCAGGGCCAAUGGGGGGUCCAAUGCAUCCCGACAUGCAUCCUGACAUGCACCCGGACAUGCACCCCGACAUGCACCCGGAUAUGCACCCUGAUAUGCCAAUGGGCCCUGGCAUGAACCCUGGACCACCCAUGGGACCUGGUGGCCCUCCAAUGAUGCCCUAUGGUCCUGGAGACUCCCCACAUUCUGGAAUGAUGCCCCCCAUCCCACCAGCCCAGAACUUCUAUGAAAACUUCUACCAGCAGCAAGAAGGCAUGGAAAUGGAGCCCGGACUCCUUGGUGAUACAGAGGACUACGGGCACUACGAAGAGCUGCCAGGGGAGCCUGGGGAGCACCUCUUCCCUGAGCACCCUCUGGAGCCUGACAGCUUCUCUGAGGGAGGGCCCCCAGGCCGGCCGAAGCUGGGCGCCGGUGUCCCUGACUUCCUGCCCUCGGCCCAGCGGGCCCUGUACCUGAGGAUCCAGCAGAAGCAGCAGGAGGAGGAGGAGAGAGCGAGGAGGCUGGCUGAGAGCAGCAAGCAGGACCGGGAGAACGAGGAAGGUGACACCGGAAACUGGUAUUCCAGUGACGAGGAUGAGGGUGGGAGCAGUGUCACCUCCAUCCUUAAGACCCUGAGGCAGCAGACGUCCAGCCGACCCCAGGCUUCAGUCGGAGAACUGAGCGCCAGUGGGCUGGGGGACCCCCGCCUCCAGAAGGGACACUCCACAGGAGGCCGGCUGGCUGAUCCCCGCCUCAGCCGGGACCCCAGACUUACCCGCCAUGCCGAGGCUUCUGGUGGAUCAGGCCCAGGGGACUCAGGGCCCUCCGACCCUCGGCUGGCCCGUUCCCUGCCCACCUCCAAGCCUGAAGGCAGCCUUCAUUCCAGCCCCGCAGGCUCCAGUAGCUCCAAGGGGUCUGGACCACUCCCUGCAGAAGAGGAGGAAGGGGAGCGGGCCCUGAGGGAGAAGGCCGUGAAUAUUCCCCUGGACCCUCUCCCCGGACACCCGCUGCGGGACCCACGGUCACAGCUGCAGCAGUUCAGCCACAUUAAGAAGGAUGUGACCCUGAGCAAACCGAGCUUUGCCCGCACUGUGCUCUGGAACCCCGAGGACCUGAUCCCCUUGCCUAUACCCAAGCAGGAUGCGGUACCCCCCGUGCCCGCCGCCCUGCAGUCCAUGCCUGCCCUAGAUCCCCGGCUGCACCGCUCCACGACUGCAGGGCCCUCCAGUGCCCGGCAGCGCCCGGGUACCUCCGCGGACCCCAGUACAUCCGGCUCCAACUUGCCCGACUUUGAACUCCUCUCUCGCAUCCUCAAGACCGUCAAUGUCACCAGCUCUCCGGCAGCCCCUGGCCCAAGCGACAAGCCGAGUGACCCCCGAGUGCGGAAGGCCCCCACCGACCCACGGCUGCAGAAACCAGCAGACUCUGCAGCUGCCUCACGGGCAGCCAAGCCUGGUCCCACUGAAGUGCCCUCUCCAGCUGCCAGCCCCAGUGGAGAGUCCUCCCCGCCAGCCACAGCACCCUACGAUCCCCGCGUGCUGGCAGCUGGUGGGCUGGGCCAGGGCAGUGGCAGUGGCCAGAGCAGCGUGCUGAGCGGCAUUAGCCUCUACGACCCAAGGACUCCCAACGCGGGUGGCAAAGCCAUGGAGCCGGUUACAGACACGGGCACCCAGCCCAAGGGCCCCGAGGGCAACGGCAAGAGCUCGGCCUCCAAAGCCAAGGAGCCGCCAUUUGUCCGUAAGUCCGCCCUGGAACAACCAGAACCAGGGAAAGCCGGUGCAGAUGGGGGUGUGACCACAGUCACGGACAGGUACAACAGUUACAACCGGCCCAGGCCCAAGGCUGCCACAACCCCCACCACCACCACCACAGUGACCCCUCCGCCAGAGGGCACCCCACCCCAACCUGGGGUGCACAACCUGCCUGUGCCCACCCUCUUUGGGACUGUGAAGCAGGCACCCAAGACGGGCUCAAGUAGCCCAUUUGCAGGCAACAGCCCGGCCCGAGAGAGCGAGCAGGAUGCGGGGUCCCUGAAAGAUGUUUUUAAAGGCUUUGACCCCACUGCCUCCCCCUUUUGCCAGUAGUGUUAAGCCAGAGCCAGUACUCUCUACCGCCACCACCCUUCCCAGGGUGAUAUUUAAGGGCAGCAACCAGGGUUGGGAACUUAGUGGGCAGGAGAAGGGGUGUGGGUGUUCUUUUUUUUCUUUUUUCUUUUUUCCUUUUUUUUUUUUUUUUUUUUAAGUAGUGCUUUCUUAGAGACUUAUAAAUUGUAUAUAACCAUCUUCAGUUCUGGUCAGUGCUGCGGGGGGUUCCUGGACUCCCACCAAGAAAACUGUCUUGUGAUGUGAACAGUUGUGAGUCCUCUGGGCCCCAGCCCCAGCUGGAACUCUACAGGGCUGGGCCUCCUUGGAGGUUGGGGGUCCAGUUGGUCUUCUGGUCAAAGGUGGCCACCCCCCCCCCCCAGGACAAAGGGAACAGUAGGUGUCUGAGAAGGCACUGUACGUUACUCAUCCUGUGCUAAUGAGCAAGGAGAGAUGGGACCCAGACCAGGGAAACGGCCCACGUGGAGGCAGCUCCAGGCCUUUCUAGAACCCCAGGGUGCACCAUCUAUCUGUCUCUUCAGUGCACAGGCUGUGACAGCCUUCAGGAGACAGCAAAAGUGAAAAAGUAUCAAGGGAAGAAAAAGAGCCCUUGACAGCACCCUGGGAGCUCCCUGGCCCUUGCCCACUCCUAUGUCUCUGGAUUCAUAUUUGGGCCCUCCCUGCCACCCUCCGUCCAGAGUUCAUCCUGAAACUGACACCUUCCAACUUGCAGCAGAAGACUCCAGGGUGAGAGACGGACCUGGACCUGGAGGAACAGGGCUGGCGUGAGGUAGUGGCCCCUGAAGAGCUGCCUCCAGGAGGCAGCCCUCUGAGUGCGUUUUCUGUCAGUAUUACCCAACCUGUCCUGUUAUGUCAGGGUCACAAUCUACUGCCCCUCACUCCCCCCAUGCUGGAAUCUGCCCUGUCCUGAGAAGCCACAGCCCAGUGUGCCUGCACUGCCAGCCCAACCCCCCUGGAGACAGCUCAAGGAUCCGUGGCAUAGCCACUCCUCCAGGCUCUCGACAGAGGGAGCCCUGGGGUGGCUCUUUGGCAAAGUGUUUCUGCUUUCUCUGCUUGCUUCACACAUCCUUCAGCCGUAUUAUCUGUAGGGCAUUAGGUUUUGGUGUGUUUGGUUUUUUUCUCCCAAGCCAACAUGCAUGAGUUCAGAGGAGUGUCACGGUGUUGGAUUUGUGGACACUUCUAGAAAAGGGGCCUAAGGAAAGGGUGGGAGACUGCAUCCAGGACGGAGGAAAGGGUGUGUUGGACCCUUUAAGGAGAGGGAUUAGGACUCUACUGGGGGCAGGGGGCACGAAAGGCUGUGUCCUGCCCCCUCAUCUGACUGAGCCAGAACAGAACAGAGAUGUCUGCACUGGCUUUUUCCUCCCCCCAGGUUUCCUACCCUAGCUGAAGUCCAGCCUGGUCCGCAGAUCCCCAGAGGAGGCCUACCGUGUGGGCAUAGCCUGGGGAGGCUGGCCCUAGGGGAACUGAGCAGGGCCUACAGAGCCUUUCCACUUCUGGGUCUGUUUACUUGUGGAUCCCUCUCCAGCCUUUUUGUCCUAGUCCCACUGCCUCAAUUGCCUCCCUGUCUCUUCCUUGUGAAUAAUGAGGAGACCUGAUCACCCUGCCAAAAGAUUCCCUCCCUACUUCCCUGGGGUGGGAGGUGAACAGAGCUCCUAAACCCCCCACCACCAUCACUCAAAAAAGAGAAAUUAAAAACUUGUUAGUUUGGGGCCAGAAGCAAGGGCAGGAGAGGCAGGGUACCCUGCAGGGCCAGGCAGCCCCAGAGGGUCAGUGCACUGUGAUCAGGUUGGUUUGGUUUGUCUUUUUGUCUGUUUUGUUUUUUUUAAAACAAUCAUUAGUGAGAUUUGACUUCAGCCACCAGUGUUGGCCUUGAAGCAGAGGGCUGCAGCCCAGGGUGUUUGUAAAAUAAGUCAGAAUACACAGUAUGACAGUGUUUGGGUUUUUAUUUUUUCCUCCUUUGAGAAUUUUCUUUUGUAAAUGAAAAAUUAAAUACUUUUUUAAAACUGAAAUCUGUGGAUGAAAUAGAAGCUGGACCCCUCCUCUUGGAAUAUUCAGCCUAAGAACCUCAUGGGACUAUGAAUUCACCCAAAAUUUUCAUUUGCCAUCAGGCCAAGCUUUUAAAGAAAAAUUGUUCUCUAACCAGGAUUGUAACAAAAGUGUAAAUACUAUUUCAGAGUUGAAAGUUGAUGGUGCACAUAUGUAUAUAAUGUACUGUAUUUUUACAAUGAUCGUCGCAUGACUCUAUUCCACCCCACUUUUUGUAUUUCGUAUCUGUCUUCCAGAAAUGUCACCUGCUUUUUCUCCUAUGGUCUCUUAAUCCAAUAAUUGUAUUACUGCCAUUAAAGGAUGCAGUUAUUUUAAAA